AUGGCAUCUAACAACAACAACAACAAUCUCCAUGACCCAAUCACGGAAGCAGCUGUGGUGACUGUCUCGUCAUCCCCAGCUGACAGCGAAGCGUCGUCUGAAGCAACGAUGACUUGCCAGUUGGCGAGUGGACAGGUUUGCAUUUGUCACUCCUGUGAAGAUGUCAGGGCUCGUCUGCUAUCGGAAACAGCCAACAAGAGAAAGGCACCGCCGGCUGCCACGAUUAUCACUACUACAGGCAACGGAGAGGAAGCUGAUGAUAAUGAGGAUGCCAACAAGAAGAAAAAGUCAAAUACACUACAACCAGAUAAUCCAGAACUUGUCCAUCAAAAAAUGACGGCGGCUUGUCAGACCAUACUAGAAUGCAUUGGAGAAGAUCCCAAUCGAGAGGGUCUACUCAAAACACCCGAUAGAUGGGCCAAAGCACUCAAAUUCAUGACCAAAGGAUAUCAGCAAGAUGCAAAAAAAAUCCUCAAUGGAGCCAUCUUUGAAGAAAAUCACGACGAAAUGGUCGUCGUCCGAGACAUUGAUAUUCAUUCACUCUGCGAACAUCACAUGGUCCCAUUCACGGGACGUGUACACAUUGGAUACAUUCCCCAGGGAAAAAUUCUAGGAUUGUCCAAACUGGCACGCAUUGCCGAAAUGUUCUCCCGCAGACUGCAAGUACAGGAACGACUCACGCGACAAAUUGCCGAUGCCAUUGUCGAAGCGGUACAACCAAGAGGCGUCGCCGUCGUCGUCGAAUGCACACACUUUUGCAUGGUCAUGCGAGGAGUACAAAAGGUUGGAUCCAGCACCGUCACUAGCUCGGUACGAGGGAUCUUUCGUGAUGACCCAAGGACUAGAGCCGAGUUUUUUAGUAUCGUUGGCCAUGGAAAAUAA